ACAGCGGCAGCAAAAUGGCCGAAUAUCUAGCUUCGAUUUUCGGAACCGAAAAAGACAAAGUCAACUGUUCCUUCUACUUCAAGAUCGGUGCUUGUCGUCACGGAGAGAGAUGUUCGCGAUUACAUAACAAACCCACAUUCAGUCAGACAAUUCUCAUUCCCAAUCUGUACAUCAACCCGCAGAACAGUGCAUUGACUGCAGAUGGAUCGCACAUCCAGUUGAGCGAUGUGGAGAUGCAGCAGUACUAUGACGAGUUCUUCGAGGAAGUGUUCGUGGAACUCGAGGAUAAGUAUGGAGAGAUCGAAGAGAUGAACGUCUGCGACAACCUCGGUGACCACUUGGUGGGCAAUGUCUAUGUAAAGUUCCGCUAUGAGGAAGAUGCCGAGAAGUCUGUUCAAGGUUUGAACAACCGAUGGUUCAACGGCCGGCCAAUCCAUGCGGAGCUGUCCCCUGUGACAGACUUCCGUGAGGCGUGUUGCCGUCAGUAUGAGAUGGGAGAGUGUACACGAGGUGGAUUCUGCAACUUCAUGCACUUGAAGCCCAUUUCCCGCGAGUUGCGACGGGAAUUAUACGGCCGUCAACGCGGGGGUGGUGGAGGUGGGGGUGGGGGUGGAGGACGCAAGCGGGGACGGUCCCGAUCCCGCUCACCACCAACGCGGAGGAGUCACAGCCGCAGCAGGUCGCGCAGUCGUGAACGACGCAGGCGCUCGAGGUCACGCAGCCGUGAACGCAGGAGGGAACGCGAGGACAGGCACGGCCGAUUCUAAUACUGGAAUUCGGAGAGACUGUGUGUUGUUCCGUCAGGGAUGAGAAAGACUUCUUUUUUAUAAUGCCAAGCAUUCUUGAUCGAUUCCUAACAAUCGGCAAUUCCAAAUUUAGACACGGAACUUCUGUGGUGUAAACUGUGAAACUAAAACGUGGCAAAUUGGUGCAUUACCAAUUCACAGUUGUAGAGAAAAUACCAUUUUCCUGUCUAUUUUAAUGGUUAAUGCAUUACAUUUAAAAUCUGGCUUUUGAGUUUGCAUUUUACAUUUGCGAAAAUUGAACGCUCGUGAAUUUCACACCUUACAAAACAGGACAUGUGUGAAAUGGGCAAAUUUAGGCUUUGUCCAUUAAAAUCGGACAUUACUAGAAUUGACUCAGAACAUUUCUACUUCACGAAAGAACGCUCAUCCUGCCUCGGAGGAGGAAUACUCCCUUGAGAAAAUCACCUCCAAGUUCAGAGGAAACGCUAAAGAAGAAGAAUUUCUGUUUCUUUCAUUGGGACUUUUGAACUGAGAUCUUUGGUAAUUUUAGUAUUUCAAUCCUCAGAUGCUAAAAACGAACGAAAUUUUAUA